AUGUCUUUUCACUCUAAUAUAGAAGAUUAUGAUUCUAAUCCUUAGAUCUUAGCUUCACCUAAAGGACCUUAAAUUUCAUUAAAAAAUACAAUUGGAAUUAAUAAACCUGAUUCAUAAGUUUGUUCCCUCUAUUCAGAAGGAAAUGAAGCAAUAGAUAGCAAUCUUAAGAAAAGCGAAUAAUAAUAAUCAAUAAUUUAAAAUUCUGAUACAUAACUAGGUCUUAAUAAAACUAGAAAUUAGUUAACUCCUUUACAAAAAUUACAUCAGUUGGCUGCUAAAAAUAAACUUGUUAAGCUUUUUGCAUAGAAUCUUUUUAUGAAAUCUUACAUUUUAUCAAGGGAUUACUAGUAAAAUAAUAUUAUCAACAUUUAGCGACAAAAUAUUGAAAUUCGAAUAAUUCCUUUCGAAUAAAAAUCUUGAUAAUUAUCAGGAUAAAUCUUAACUUUCAAUAAUCCCUGUAUUUGAUGCUUUUAGCACUUAGAUGAAAAUAUGGGAUAUUUUAAUGAUAAUCCAAUAUUUAUUAUAGUUGUGGUUCUUGCCCUUCAGUAUAAGCUUUUAUAGAUCAAAUUAUAAUAUCAUUUUUUUAAAAGAGAUUUUGUCAAUAAUAACAUUACUCAAUAUUGCAAUCACUUUAAAUAGAUAGAUUUUUCAUAAAGGAGAGUAUAUUGUAAAUAGAUAGAAGAUUUUACGAUAAUAUAUAAAAUCAAGUUUGAUGGGAGAUUUUAUAUAAUUUAUAACUUGGAUAAGUCUCAUAUUUUUAAAUUAAAAACUAGAAGAUUAAAUCUACAUGAUUAUAUUGGGGAUUUUUUUAGUUUUUUCUUGUAUAUAUGCUCUUUUGAGAAAAACAGAAUAUUACAUUGAUAGUUAUUAUAAUAAAGGCAAUCUUAGUAAUUUUUUAGAUUUAUUUAUUCUUAUUAUUUAAAUAUAUUAUGUAGCACAUUAUAUGGCAUGUAUUUGGCAUUUAGUAGGAGAUAUUGGUGUUUAUUUUGAAGAAUCUACUUGGUUGACAGAAUAUGGUUUCAUAAAUGAAUCUAUAAGUGUAAAAUAUAAUUAUUCUUUUUAUUGGGCAACUAUGACUAUGGUGACUGUAGGGUAUGGUGAUAUAACAGCUAGAAAUAAAUAUGAAAUAUUAACAUCAAAUAUUAUGAUGAUUUUUUCAAGUUGUAUAUUUGCCUAUUCCAUGAAUUCAAUAGGAAUUAUAUUGAAAAGUAUUAAUGAUAGUAAAUUAAACUAUAGGUAAAUGUUUAUUAAUAACAAUAGGAGAACCAUGACAUGUAUAAACAAUUAUAUGUAGUAAAAUUAAGUAGAUUUAGCAAUUUCAGAAAAAGUUAGAAAUUAUAUUAAAUAUUUACAUCAAAGAGAAUAAGAUUCUUUUGAAGAUUCAGAAAAUUCUCUUAAAUAUCUACCAAAAGGAUUAAAAGCUGAAAUGAAAAGAGAUAUUGCAUAAAAAUUAAUCUAAAAAAUAAAGAUACUUUAAUCAAAUUUUUCUCAUUCUACACUGAAUGCAUUAAUCCAUCAUUUAAAAAUUUAAAAUUACGCUCCAGGUGAAUAUAUUUAUCAUCAAAAUGAAUAAUAACAUUUUCUUUGCUAUAUUAAUUCUGGAUAGGUAUAAAUUAAUGAAGAAUAAUCAUAAACUUAAAUUCAAAUUCUUAAAUAAAAUAGCACAUUUAAUGAAUACUCUUUUUUUACAGAAUAAUAAACAAAAACAAAUGCUUAAAGUUUAGGAUUUACUUAAAUUAUUAAAAUUAACAGAAAAACUUUUUUAAAAAUAUUGAAAGAUUGCUAAAAAGACUUAGAAUAAUUUUAUCAUAUAAAAGAUACGAUAUUAUUAUAUAAUGAUUUUUCACACUUUUAAAAAAAAUGUUACUUUUGUGGUUUCACUAAGCAUGAGAGCAUAGAUUGUCCUCUCAUAACAUAUUAACCUAAUAAGUUAAAAUGUAUUAAAAAGCUGUAUAAAACAUCUUAAAAUUAAGAGAGAAAAUUUAUAAAAAGACAUGAUCACUAUAUUCCAUCUAGAACAAGAUUUGUUGAAAUAAAAAAUACAAUAUCAUAUGCAAGAGAAUACUAUUUUUCAGAUUAAAUUUCUAGCGAAAAGACUAUUGAUUAGAAGCCAAGAAAAUUAAAUAAGGAUAAUCCAAUAGCUGACUCUCCAAAUAAUGAAUUAUUAUCACUUGAAAAAAAUAUCAAAGAAGAUAUUGUUCAUAUUCCUGAUAAGGUUUCUAAAAUUCGGAUAGGAAGUAUAUCAGUUGAAGGAAAUAAUAUGGCAAUUAAAAGAGCAAGCAAACUUUAAAAUAUUUAAUUAGUUAAUGCUGAGUAUUAAAGUUAUGCAUAAAAUUAAUUGGACUAGUUUCUUUAAUUUGAAAAUGAUCUUAAAAUAGAUUCAUAUUUUAACUAUCAAAAAUAUAUGAGACAUAAUAAUCUGAUUCAUAUUUUAUAAACUUUGAGGAAAUUUAAACGAAAAACUAGAAUUAGUUAAAAAAAAAUAAAAAUUAUUGAAUCAAACAAAGGAAGCGAAAAAUCCUGA